AUGUGUAGAAACCCUAAAGAUGUUUUGGUCUCUUGGUUUCACUUUGCAAACAAGUUGAAUGAUAAAUCUCGUGUCCAAAUGACCAUUGAUGAGCUGUUUGAGGUGUAUAGUAAAGGUUUGAUGCCAUAUGGACCUUACUGGGAUCACGUGAAAGAGUAUCAUAAGAUGAGUUCUGAACAUCCGACAAGGAUUCUAUUUUUAACAUACGAGGACAUGAGAAAAGAUACUGCAAAUAAAGUGAAGCGUCUGGCAGAGUUCUUGGGCUACCCUUUUACAGAGGAAGAAGAGGCCAAGGGUAAGGUGGAAGAGAUCGUGAAGCUAUGUAGUUUUGCAAAUUUGAAGGAGGUUAAUAAGCAUGGGGAUUUCCGUAAGGGUGUUCCUAAUAACACUUUCUUUAGGGAAGGGAAAGUUGGAGGAUGGAACAGCGAUCUUACAACUGAAAUGAGCCAGAUUUUGGAUGACAUUACCAAAGCAAAGUUCCAUGGUUUGGAUAUUUCAUUCUAA